GGCGCGGCCGCGGCGGGAGCGGGAGGAGCAGGAGAUGUUGCCAGCCCUCCCGGGGCCGCGCUCGCUCAGCCGCCGCCACCACACGGAGCAGACGCGCGCCGGGAGCUGCGGGCCGGGCCAGCCGGGCCGCCGGGGCCCAGUGCGCCGCGCUCGCAGCCGGUAGCGCCGCCAGCGCCGUCGGCGCUCGCUCGGCAGCCGCGGGGCCCUAGGCCGUGCCGGGGAAGGGGCGAGGGCGGCGCCCAGGCGCCUGCCGCCCCGGAGGCAGGAUGAGCAUCGAGAUCCCGGCGGGACUGACGGAGCUGCUGCAGGGCUUCACGGUGGAGGUGCUGAGGCACCAGCCCGCGGACCUGCUGGAGUUCGCGCUGCAGCACUUCACGCGCCUGCAGCAGGAGAACGAGCGCAAAGGCACCGCGCGCUUCGGCCAUGAGGGCAGGACCUGGGGGGACGUGGGCGUCGCUGCCGGGGGCGGCACCCCCAGCAAGGGGGUCAACUUCGCCGAGGAGCCCAUGCACUCGGACUCCGAGAACGGGGAGGAGGAGGAGGCGGCGCCCGCAGACACAGGGGCGUUCAAUGCUCCAGUAAUAAACCGAUUCACAAGGCGUGCCUCAGUAUGUGCAGAAGCUUAUAAUCCUGAUGAAGAAGAAGAUGAUGCAGAGUCCAGGAUUAUACAUCCAAAAACUGAUGAUCAAAGAAAUAGAUUGCAAGAGGCUUGCAAAGACAUCCUGCUGUUUAAGAAUCUGGAUCCGGAGCAGAUGUCUCAAGUAUUAGAUGCCAUGUUUGAAAAAUUGGUCAAAGAUGGGGAGCAUGUAAUUGAUCAAGGUGACGAUGGUGACAACUUUUAUGUAAUUGAUAGAGGCACAUUUGAUAUUUAUGUGAAAUGUGAUGGUGUUGGAAGAUGUGUUGGUAACUAUGAUAAUCGUGGGAGUUUCGGUGAACUGGCCUUAAUGUAUAAUACACCCAGAGCAGCUACAAUCACUGCUACCUCUCCUGGUGCUCUGUGGGGUUUGGACAGGGUAACCUUCAGGAGAAUAAUUGUGAAAAACAAUGCCAAAAAGAGAAAAAUGUAUGAAAGCUUUAUUGAGUCACUGCCAUUCCUUAAAUCUUUGGAGUUUUCUGAACGCCUGAAAGUAGUAGAUGUGAUAGGCACCAAAGUAUACAACGAUGGAGAACAAAUCAUUGCUCAGGGAGAUUCGGCUGAUUCUUUUUUCAUUGUAGAAUCUGGAGAAGUGAAAAUUACUAUGAAAAGAAAGGGUAAAUCAGAAGUGGAAGAGAAUGGUGCAGUAGAAAUCGCUCGAUGCUCGCGGGGACAGUACUUUGGAGAGCUUGCCCUGGUAACUAACAAACCUCGAGCAGCUUCUGCGCACGCCAUUGGGACUGUCAAAUGUCUAGCAAUGGAUGUGCAAGCAUUUGAAAGGCUUCUGGGACCUUGCAUGGAAAUUAUGAAAAGGAACAUCGCUACCUAUGAAGAACAAUUAGUUGCCCUGUUUGGAACAAACAUGGAUAUUGUUGAACCCACUGCAUGAAGCAAAAGUAUGGAGCAAGACCUGUAGUGACAAAAUUACACAGUAGUGGUUAGUCCACUGAGAAUGUGUUUGUGUAGAUGCCAAGCAUUUUCUGUGAUUUCAGGUUUUUUCCUUUUUUUACAUUUACAACGUAUCAAUAAACAGUAGUGAUUUAAUAGUCAAUAGGCUUUAACAUCACUUUCUAAAGAGUAGUUCAGAAAAAAAUCAACAUACUGAUAAAAUGACUUUGUACUCCACAAAAUUAUGACCGAAAGGUUUAUUAAAAAUGAUUGUAAUAUAUAGAAAGUAUCUGUGUUUAAGAAGAUAAUUAAAGGAUGUUAUCAUAGGCUAUAUGUGUUUUACUAAUUCAGACUGAUAUCAUAUUAGUGACUAUCCCCAUGUAAGAGGGCACUUGGCAAUGAAACAUGCUACACAGCAUGGCAUCACUUUUUUUUUUAUAACUCAUUAUAUACAGUAAAAUUUUAAUCAUUUUUGUUUUAAAGUUUUCUAGCUUGAUAAGUUAUGUGCUGGCCUUGGCCUAUUGGUGAAAUGGUAUAAAAUAUCAUAUGCAAUUUUAAAACUUUUUGUAUUUUUGCAAUAAAGUACAUUUUGACUUCGUUGGCAUAAUGUCAGUAACCUACAAAUUCCAGUGGUUUUAUGGAUAGGCAAUGUAGUUGUUACGAUAAUAAGGAAAACAGUCUUUUAGAUGAGAGAUCAUUAACACAUUUUCCCCUCAUCAAGCAUAUAUCUGCUUUUUUUUAUUUUGCAAUUCUCUGUAUUCUAUAUCUUUAAAAAUUUGAUCUUGACAUUUAAUGUCACAAAGUUUUGUUUUUCUAAAAAAUGAUUUAAACUUAAGAUCCGACAUUUUUUGUAUUCAAGAUCUUACACCUAAAAAAUCUUUCCUAUCCCAAAAAUAAUUUGGGAUCCUUAUCAGCAUGCCCACAGUUUAUUUCUUUGUUCUUCACUAGGCCUGCGUAAUACAGUCCUAUGUAGACAUCUGUUCCCUUGGGUUUCUGUUCUUCUUUAGGAUGGUUGCCAACCCACAAUCUCAUUGAUAGCAGCCAAUAUGGGUUUGUUUUUUUUUAAUUCUUAAAAACAUCCUCUAGAGGAAUAGAAACCAAUUUUUAUGAGCAUAACCCUAUAUAAAGACAAAAUGCAUUUCUGCCCUUACCAUAUAUACCAUUAGGCCUUGCCAUUGCUUUAAUGUAGACUCAUAGUUGAAAUUAGUGCAGAAUGAACUCAGAUGUACUAGAUUUUCAUUGUUCAUUGAUAUGCUCAGUAUGCUGCCACAUAAGAUGAAUUUAAUUAUAUUCAACCAAAGCAAUAUACUCUUACAUGAUUUCUAGGCCCCAUGACCCAGUGUCUAGAGACAUUAAUUCUAACCAGUUGUUUGCUUUUAAAUGAGUGAUUUCAUUUUGGGAAACAGGUUUCAAAUGAAUAUACAUACAUGGGUAGAAUGACUCUGUGCUAGUGUAGUCUUAUUAGAGAAUGUUUAUGGUCCCACUUGUAUAUGAAAAUGUGGUUAGAAUGUUAAUUGGAUAAUGUAUAUAUAAGAAGUUAAAGUAUGUAAAGUAUAACUUCAGCCACAUUUUUAGAACAGUUUAACAUUUUUGCAAAACCUUCUUGUAGGAAAAGAGAGCUCUCUACAUGAAGAUGACUUGUUUUAUAUUUCAGAUUUUAUUUUAAAAGCCGUGUCUGUUAAACAAGAAAAAACACAAAAGAACUCCAGAUUCCUGGUUCAUCAUUCUGUAUUCUUACUCACUUUUUCAAGUUAUCUAUUUUGUUGCAUAAACUAAUUGUUAACUAUUCAUGGAACAGCAAACGCCUGUUUAAUGAAGAACUUUGACCAAGGCUAUAAAUGCCACUUACAUUAUUUUCAGUAUUGUUGGUUAUAUUUAAAUUUUCCUUAUAAUAAAGCACACUUUUAUAAUAAAAUACAUGAAUUAUUGUUUUUCAUACUUUUUUGUUUCUUUAAAGUUUUCUGACGUGCAUAAUGCAUAAUUCAUUGAAAAGCAUGAUAGCAAUGUGGCAUGUGGAAGCUAACCCCCAGGGCAUAACAUAGUAAGAAAGUAUGGUUCUGUAUGGCAAUAGGUUUUUAAAAUUAUUAGCUAUCGUCAUGUGUGGGAGAAAUAAUCGUGGUUUGUUGCAGAUUUAUUUGGCCAUUUAAAAUAACCAAAUAAAUCUGGCUAACUAGGAAUUUAUGUGUAAAAUUAUCUGAUUAAAACAGCUCAAGUUUGA